AUGGACGAAUACACCAGAGAACCUUGGUAAGUCGUUUUAUAUUAUACUUGACGUCUAGAUUAAAGUUGAGAACAGUAAUAUCGGUGUAUUUCUGUUUUAGUCCACACAGAAUCUUCGCAGAUGCCGGUUCAGCCUUUGCCAUGGGCCUGGUUGGUGGAAGCAUCUUCCAUUCCUUCUCAGCAUACAAGAACGCCGCGAAGAAUCAGAAGUUGACGAGUAUUCUUCGUGAAGUCAGAGUGAGAAGUCCGGUAACGGGAGGACAAUUCGCUGCAUGGGGUGGAAUGUUCAGUACCAUUGAUUGCACCUUGGUUGCGUUGAGAAGAAAGGUAGGGAUUUCAAUUUGUUUUUUUCUUUGACUUUUAGGUUCCAUGAACAAUAUCAGAUUUUUUAUUGCAUCAUCUGAAAUUUCGAAAUGAAAUUGUGGUUGAGUAGGAAGAUGAAGCUCUCUUCUAACUGUUAGUCUGCAAAUGUAUUCGAUCUUUUUGGGGUUUUUAAAAGAUUUGGCCGGUUUUUUAUUAUACUAGGUGUUUAACCCUAGACCUGUUUUUCGAGCCAAUAAUCAGGUGACGGCUGCAAAGAAAAGCUGUCGGGAAGGAAGAAGACGGGCUGGUUCAAGUGUUCUUUGAGUGUCUAGCUGUUUUUGAUAACACGUUUUUACAACGCAUCAAAAAAAAUCUUUGAUGCCUAAAGCAUCACAAAAUUAUUAGUUUCUUAUUUUUUCAAAAUUCUGAUGCCAAUAAUAAUCUCGAAUCUGAUUCCAGGAGGACUCAUGGAACUCGAUUGCUUCUGGCGCCAUCACCGGAGGUCUUUUGGCCAUCCGUUCGGGCCCGAAAAUCAUGGCCGGCUCAGCUGUUUUGGGUGGCGUUGUUUUGGCGAUGAUUGAGGGAAUGGGUGUUGUGAUGACCCGAUUCAUGGGUCAAAUGGUCGAUCCGACCAUGCAGCCUCCUCCCGAGGAUCCAGUGGCCCUGCCGACGAAGAAAGAAAGCCAAAUCGAAGCUGCCAAUUUUGAUGACACCACCAAGACUCCAGCUCCAUUUGGACUGCCAACUUUGAACCUCUAG